GAGCUGAAUGCGGAAUCAAUGCAGAAGUGGAAAAACAACUUGAAAUGGGAAAGAAGUUAUUGGCUGCUGGACAGCUAGCAGAUGCUUUGUCUCACUUUCAUGCAGCUAUAGAGGGAGACUCUGAUAACUACAUUGCCUAUUACAGAAGAGCCACAGUGUACUUGGCCAUGGGCAAAUCUAAAGCGGCAAUUCGUGAUUUAAGUAAAGUGGUUGAAUUAAAGCAGGACUUCACAUCGGCAAGACUACAGAGAGGACACUUACUGCUCAAGCAGGGAAAAUUUGAUGAAGCAGAGGAUGACUUUAAAAAUGUGCUCAAAUCCAACCCUAGUAAUAAUGAGGAAAAAGAAGCCCAGACUCAGCUGACAAAAUCUGAUGAGCUACAGCGCCUGCAUUCACAAGCGUUGUCUGCCUACCAGCAAGAGGAUUACGAAGCUGCUAUUUCUCUUCUUGAUGAAAUCUUGGCAGUUUGUGUUUGGGAUGCAGAGCUACGGGAACUUCGAGCAGAGUGUUAUAUAAAGGAAGGGGAACCGAGCAAAGCCAUCAGUGACUUGAAAGCUGCUGCCAAAUUAAAGAACGAUAACACCGAAGCCUUCUAUAAAAUCAGCAGGAUAUAUUUUCAGCUGGGGGACCAUGAAUUAUCACUCAG